AUGGGCUGCGUGGGGUCGACUGCGAAGGAAGAGUCCCCUAAAGGCAAGAAGGUGGUGAAGCCCAAGGCGUGGAAGCACCCAACGCCGCUGUCACAGGCGGAGCUGGCGCGCAUGAGGGAGGAGUUCUGGGACACGGCGCCGCACUACGGCGGCCAACGAGAGAUAUGGGACGCGUUGAAGGCGGCCACAGAGGGGGACCGAAGCAUGGCACAAGUGAUAUUGGAGUCAGCAGGGGUGGUGGUCGACGUACCAGACAUGUCCGUGUGCUACGAUGAGAGAGGAGCCAAGUACGAGCUACCUCACUAUGUUUUAAGCGAUCCCAUCAACCUCAUAAAGGAAUCCUGA